GGAAAACCUCGGUGCAGCGGCCUCGGAGGCCAAUGAAGACCCGAAGGACUCUGUCCCAUUGCUGACAUGGAGCAGGUGUCAUCAGUAGGCAAAUGGGUGCACAUCACUGUGACAAAUGGAUAUGAUUUGAAAGGCUUUAAAGGAGACAAUCCGGUUACUUUUAUUCGUGCAGAAUUCAAUCAGGUGGUUAUUGGUGACUCUGCAAAAAUUGCUGUCUCUCCAGAGGGAACUGCAAAGUACAACUUCACUAGCAGUUUAGAGCUCAGCGUUGAAGGCAUCACUUUAGAUGACCUCGCCCACAAACCUGUAUUCUUAACUAUGAUUGAACUUUUACCAAAGGAAAAGAAACAGAAGGAUGAGAAGACCAUCGUUCUUGGCCAAGCCGUGGUAGACCUUCUCCCUUUACUGGAAGGAGAGACUUCUUUUGAAAUGGCAGUUCCACUGCACCCUGUGCAGGGCUCACCCUUAGAGACUCUUUCACCAAGUUCUAAGCAAUGUAGUCUUGAAGUUAAGGUGUUUGUGGCAGAACCCUUGCUGACUCCAGCCCAGGUGUCAGGGAGCAAUCUGCUGAAGGUGACGUUGGAGGCUGCCUACUCUGUACCUGAUGCAUUUGUUCCAUCAGGGCCUCAGCAGAACUACAUGGUUGGCCUGCAGUUUCCAUCAGUUGGAGAGAAAGAUUAUCCCAUUAUAUUUAAGAAUGGAAAUCUGAAGCUUGGAGGUGAAAGAGAACCUGUUCCCCGGCCUAAAAAGUGGCCCAUUGCUAACAUCUUGGCUCCAGGAGCUUGUAAUAUUCCUGAUGCUUUUAUUGUGGGCGGUCCCUAUGAGGAAGAAGAAGGAGAACUCAACCACCCUGAGGACAGGGAAUUUAGGAAUCAAGCAGAGUGUGUAAAGAAAAGGAUUGUUUGGGACUUGGAAAGUCGCUACUACCUUGAUCCUACUGCAGUUGCAAGUUUCCAGAAGAGAAUUGCUGAUUGCCGGUACUUGCCUGUAGAGAUCACAAGAAUUCCUGUGGUUACUCUUCCGAAAGGAAAAUCUGGCAAAUUUGAGAAGGUCGACGAUGAAAAUCAGCUCUCGUUUCAUGGCGUGGCUUAUGUCAAUAUGGUCCCAUUGCUGUACCCAGGUGUGAAUAGGAUUAGGGGAGCUUUCCAUGUUUACCCUUACCUGGACAAUACAGUCUUUGCAAAGACCAAAUGUUUAUUCAGCUUGUUCCGGGACACUGGCCAUCAUUUGUCUCAUAAUAAUAAAGUAGGAGGACUUAAUUCUCCACUGUCCAAGCCUGUUCCUAAGAAUCUGAAAGAAGUGAAAGAGAAAGAUAUGGAUGGAAGGCCUCGGCUUGGGGAUGUGCAAACACCUAGUUUAAAAUCCCAAAGCUCAGAUACUCCUGUGGAAGGUGAAGCCCCUCUUAGCCACAAUCCAGAAGGACAGCAAUAUUUGGAAGCAGGGACAUACAUUGUGUUGGAGAUUCAGCUGAAGAAAGCCUUGGUCCCAAAGCGAAUGCCAGAAGAACUGGCCAGAAGGGUCAAGGAAAUGAUACCUCCAAGGCCACCUCUUACCCGACGGACAGGAGGAGCUCAAAAGGCCAUGAGUGACUACCACAUUCAGAUCAAGAGCAUUUCCAGAGCCAUUCUGGAUGAGUAUCACAGAAUGUUUGGGAAACAAGCGAUCAAAGAAGGGAGUGAUUUAGACAGUGAAACCUUGGAGGAACAGAAAUGCCAGCUUAACUAUGAGCUUAAUUGUUCUGGAAAAUACUUUGCUUUCAAAGAGCAGCUUAAGCAUGCCGUGGUAAAGAUCGUCAGAGAGAAAUACUUGAAGACAACUGCAUUUGAAAGCCAGGAGGAGCUGCAGACAUUUAUCAGUGAGCUGUAUGUGUUCUUGAUAGAUCAAAUGCACGUGGCCCUAAACCAGACCAUGCCAGAUGAUAUCCAGGGCACUACUUCAACCAUUUAUACAAGCAGUGAACAGCUUCGGCUCUUUGCAUAUGAAGCAGAAGUCAAUGAGAACUUCGAAAUAGCAGCUGUGUAUUAUGAAGAGAGGUUGGUCCGCGAACCCCAGAACCUGGAUCACUGGCUAGACUAUGGUGCCUUCUGCCUCCUGAUUGAAGACAACAUCAAAGCACAGGAGUGUUUUCGGAAAGCCCUUUCCCUGAAUGAGAACCACAUCCCCAGUUUAUUGCUGUGUGGUGUCCUGGCUGUCUUGAUGGAGAACUAUGAGCAAGCAGAAAUUUUCUUUGAGGAUGCUACAUGCUUGGAACCAACCAAUGUUAUAGCCUGGACUUUACUUGGUUUGUUCUAUGAAAUUCAAAACAAUGAUAUUCGAAUGGAAAUGGCAUUUCAUGAGGCCUUCAAACAGCUUCAGACACAAACACUCCAAAUACGAGUAACAAAGCAAAAAAGCAUUGGUACUAUAGAUUAUGUUGAAGACGGAGGGAAAAUAGAAUCCAGUCUAGGUCCGUGGGGAACCACAGAGUCUUCUACCACAACAAUCAAGGUGGAGGCACCACCAGGCACAAGUGCUACAUUGUCCGUUCUAGAUGAAUUUCUUGAAGACUCUUCUAAACUACAUGCUGAGUUACAAGAACCUAAAAUGUCUUCACAACUUCUGGAGCCUUCUAUUGGCCACAAAUCAUCCAAUGUGUUUUUAAAAGACAUAACAGGAAAAAAAGAAAUACCAAAAUGCCAAGAGCCACCAACCCUUUUGCCUCCCACCUCUUCUGGUGUUCCCCAACCUUCUACCACCAUCUUCAUGGAGACCAUACACUUCUUGAUGAAAGUCAAUGCUGUGCAGUUUGUGCACAGAGUGCUGGCACAUGAGCUGUUGUGCCCCCAAGGAGGCCCCAGCUGUGAAUAUUACUUGGUGCUGGCCCAGACACACCUUCUCAAGAAGGACUUUGCCAAGACAGAGGAAUACCUUCAACAAGCAGCCCAGAUGGACUACCUGAAUCCAAAUGUCUGGGGUAUGAAGGGUCACCUCUACUUUCUGAGCGGAAACCAUGCUGAGGCCAAGGCCUGCUAUGAGCGAGCUGUGAGCUUUGUAGUGGACGCUUCCGAGAUGCACUUCAUCUUCCUGCGGCUGGGGCGCAUCUAUCUGGAGGAGAAAGAGUAUGAAAAGUCAAAGAAAACCUACAUGCAAGCCUGUAAGCGAUCACCUUCAUGCCUCACGUGGCUAGGACUAGGAAUUGCCUGUUACCGGCUGGAGGAGCUCACGGAGGCCGAGGAUGCUCUCACUGAAGCCAAUGCGUUGAACAACUACAAUGCAGAAGUAUGGGCAUACCUGGCUCUGGUCUGCUUAAAAGUUGGUCGGCAACUGGAAGCUGAGCAGGCCUACAAGUACACGAUAAAGCUGAAACUGAAAGAUGAGGCUCUGCUUGCAGAAAUCCACAGAGUACAGGAAAUGGUUGGCUUUGGAGACCCAUCUUUCUGAUAUCUUUACAAGUGGAGAAUUUUCAAUAUUGGACUCUGAGCAUCUUUCCUUCCCAUACUGUCAUCAUAUGAAACAUGGAGCUGGAGGACAAAGAACGUUCAUCACAAACAGAAAACCAUUUACUUCUAUCUGCUGUUCUUGGAUGCCUUAAAAGGUCAACUGUAAACUGGGUCACAAUAAACAAUACAAAUUCAAAAUUCA